AUGCCUGACGGAGUUCGGGUGCUGACGCUGGCAUCGAUGCUCCUGGCCGCCGGGAAAGCUCAGGAGUGCUCUCCUGGGGGACACCAGUUUCUUCAGAGCCCUUACAGAAGUGUCCAUUUUGACUUCCUGCGCCUCCAGCAGUUAGCCAUUCAAGACCUGAUAUGUGACCACUCCCUUUCUCCCGGAUGGUAUCGAUUUCUCCUCUUUGCCAGACCUGCUAAGAUGCCAACCAAAUGUGCUGAGAUGAACCACUGUGCAACACAGGCCCCCAUCUGCCUGUCUCUGAACGAUUCAGAAACACUACCUCCACCUGGGGAGAUCAAGCAAUUGACAGCUUGUGCCACAAGACCGUUUUUGUGUAGCACUACAAAAGACUGCUGUCUUUUUCAAAUCCCAGUGUCCGUAAGAAACUGUGGAAAGUUUUUUGUGUACUUACUACAACCCACUCAGGAAUGUAUGAGAUAUUGUGCAGAAGGUCAGCUGUCUGCCUCAUUGCCACCACCACCUCCAGGAAGGCCAGAGGUUGUGGUGCAGCUGAUUGAGUCCAGGCUUUUCUGUAGAUGUGCUUUUGAUGUUUCCCCUACAAACAACUCAGUGGGAUUUCUCAUAGCUUGGUCUAGGCUUUCUUCUCUAGAAAUCAAAGAAGAGCUGAAACAAGAGACCACAGUUCAACCAUUCUCUCUUUUAGAACUGGAUGGCAUAAAUCUCAGACUUGGAGACAGGAUAUUUUGUAGUGCUUCCAUCUUUUUCUUGGAGAAACCACAUGUACAAAGUUUAGCCAUCAAAAGCUGAUAAUUUUUUGCAGGCAUUAAGUUACAACCUGAACUGAACACUGUAUCAGAAGAUGGGAAAGAAUACCAGUUGAGGAUAGAGAGCACAAUUCCUAUCGUUUGUCCUGAAUUCAGUGAGCUUGAUCAGGAGUGCAAAAUCUCAUUAAAACUGACAACUGCUGAUCAAGGUAAAGAACAGCUAGGCUUAAAUUUGUCACUAUCUUCCUGUCACGUGGACCUUCACCAGACAUCAUCCUGUGCUAACGGAACCUGCAGCAAUGCUUUUGUGUACUACACUGCUGUAACAGAUUUUUCUCAAAAUGGAAAUAGAGUCACGAAUAUUGUAGUAGAACCUAUAGUUAAUGAGGAUUUCCUAUGGAACAGCUACAUUCCAGACAGCAUCCAGAUCAGAGUAAAGGAUGUCCUGACUGCUUGCUGCUAUUCAUUUACUGACCCACAUAUAAUUACCUUUGAUGGCAGAUAAUUUCCUGUAAGUUUUUUCCUUUGGAUGUAUGAUAACUUCAAGGCUGGAAUAUUUGUGCUUUGUAAGAGUAUGUCGCGUGAUUUUGAAGUCCACGUAUGUCAGUGGGACUGUGGAAGCCUCCACUAUCCUGUGUCAUGUAACUGCAGCUUUGUUGCCAAAGAAGAAGGUGAUGUAGUUACUUUAGAUAUGUGCGGUGGUCAGCUACAUGAAUCACAGCCAUAUUUAUUUGUAAAGAGCCAAGAUGUAACUAGCAAUAUCAAGAUAAGUGAAUCUUACUUAGGAAGAAAAGUCACGAUCUGGUUUUCCUCUGGAGCAUUUAUCCGUGCUGACCUUAGGGAGUGGGGCAUGAGUUUAAUAAUCAGAGCCCCUAGUUUAGAUUACAGAAACACUAUGGGACUUUGUGGCACCUUUGAUGAAAACCCAGAAAAUGAUUUCCAUCACAAAAAUGGGAUCAAAAUUGAUCAAACUUUUAAUAAUUGUGCUGCUUUUAUUAAUGAAUGGAGGAUUUUACCAGGAAAAAGCAUGUUUGACACAAUGCCAGUUUCUCUGCCAUCACCUAGAAAACAAUCCUAUUGUAGCUGCUCAUUGGACACUACUUCAUUGUAUCCAUCUUCUAAUCAUCUGGAAAUUGUUUCUCAAUCAGAGAUUGUUUCAGCUUGCAAAGACCCCAAACAUGUCAAAUUUGCUUCCUUGAUACCAGAGCUAGAUGUCACCUCUGAAUAUAUUAAUUCAGAAGCUCCUGUCAGAGGAAUAAACAAGCAUACAUCUCGAGAAAAGAAUAAUUUGUAUUUCUUUCCUCAAGAAAAAAAGCAUGUGGAUCUAACCAAUCUGGACUUAAAUUUGCAAAAACAUCCCGGGAAUGAAAAACAAGAUGCAUCAAAAACUUUGGACAAGGGGAGAUAUACACAGGACCACAGCCAAGAAACAAGGUGGGAUCAACAAAACAGAUGGAAACAGCAAAACUUCAGUGAGUUUCUUCCUGUGUUUGCUUUUCAAAGUCUCAGCCAAAGUGACCUAGAAGAGUUUACUUACUUUUUCCCUGAGGACCAUACUGAGGAUGUCCACCAAGAGUUUGUCCCCACGUGGCCCACACCAUCUGGCCACACCGAAUACAGCACAUCGGCACUAUGUCAGCACGCUCUUGCCAACUCCAGCAUGGGAAUGCACUGUCUUGCCUUUCUUGGCAAGAGACUAGACAGUGUGAUAGAGAUGUGUGUUAAGGAUGUUCUCCUAAAAGAUGAUCUUAGCUGGGCAGAAGCAGGUGUGGCCCUUUUAGAAAAUGAAUGUGAAAAGAGGAUUUUGGAAGAGGGGAAAUAUAACAGAGAAGAAUACAGCAAGUCAAUUAAAGACAUUCUCUUGUCAUUAAAAUGCCCCAAUUUAUGCAGUGGCCAUGGGCAGUGUACAGAAUGGGGGUGUGCAUGCUCCCCAGGCUUUAGUUCCUAUGACUGCAGUGAUUCACACGACAAAGUUCCUGAAAUUGUAGAACUUGAGAAUGCUGGAUUGUGUAAUAUUCAAAAAUAUAACUGUAUGAUGGUGAGAGUUUUUGGUCAAGGCUUCAAAGAAUCACCUUCAAUUAAAUGUGAAGUUACUAAACUGAAGGCAAAAACUGCCAGGAAGAUGUUGAUGAGUGUGAAUCCAGGCCUUGCUUUUCAGGAGCAGAGUGCCUCAAUACCUUUGGUUCUUAUCAUGGUGGUUCAUGUCCAAAAGCAUUUUACGUUGAAACAGUUUUUAAAUGAAUUUACUACACAUACUGUGGUUCUCACAAGGUCUGACAACAGUGUAACUAAGGAAAAGGAGGGUAAAAAUGCCAAUCAGAGGGAGAGGAAUGUUAAGCCAACAAAUGGAAAUGCCUCUACCAUUUGUAGACAUCCAUGUGGAAAAAACAGGGGGUGUGUUGUCCCAAACAUAUGUGAAUGUAAACCUAGUUACACUGGUUCUAACUGCCAAACCGCUAUAUGUCACCCUGAUUGCAAAAACCAUGGAAAAUGUAUUUAGCCUAACAUUUGUGAAUGUCCCCCAGGACAUGGUGGAGCUACCUGUGAUGAAGUAGUUUGUAACAGGCACUGUGAAAAUGGAGGCAAAUGUCUUACACCAGAUGUUUGCCAGUGCAAGCCUGGCUGGUAUGGACCCACCUGUAGCACAGCUUUGUGUGACCCUGUUUGCCUCAGUGGUGGUUCCUGUAAUAAGCCAAACACUUGCCUCUGUCCAAAUGGAUUCUUUGGUGCACAGUGUCAGAAUGCUAUCUGUCACCCUCCCUGUAAGAAUGGUGGUCACUGCAUGAGAAAUAAUGUGUGUGCCUGUCCUCAAGGAUACACUGGUAGGAAAUGCCAAAAAAGUAUCUGUGAUUCCAUACGCAUUAAUGGAGGUAAGUGCAUGGGACCAAACCUUUGCUCUUGUCCUUCUGGCUGGACAGGGAAACAAUGCAACACACCUAUCUGCUUUCAGAAAUGUAAAAAUGGUGGUGAGUGUAUUGCUCCUAGCAUAUGCCAUUGUCCUACGACAUGGGAAGGAGCACAGUGUCAAAUACCAAUUUGCUAUCAAAAGUGUCUUUAUGGAGGCAGAUGCAUACUCCCCAACAUAUGUUCUUGCCGCACUGGAUAUACUGGAGUCAAAUGUGAAAAGAAAAUACAGAUGAAAUUAGCAGAGUUUUGCCUGCAGAUGGUGCUAGAUCCUCAGUUCCCAGGUAUAUUAAAUUGUCUGGUGCCCUUUGUCUCCGAAAGUCCGGUUUCAUUUGCUCACAGGGGGCCGCAUGCAGAGUCCACACAUCCAGCCCUUCAGACCGGAGUUCCCAGUGUCAAGCGUCUGCACCUGACAUCUCAGCUUGGCGGGCUGUGUGCAGAAGGGCUGCGCAUGACCGCUCAGUUCAAGAUGGCGGUGGUGGGCUGUGCGCAGAGACGCUGCACCCGCCCCGCCGGCUGGAGCCGUGAGCAGCACGCCUGCGCCAACCCGCAAGAACUCCGCCCCCUCCCGCGCUGA